AAAAGACUCAACCCAACAAAAGUUAAAAGAUUCAAUAAAUGAUACUAUAGUUUUAAAUAUUGAUGAAUUUUCAUUUUGCUCAAAUCAAGAACUUUCACUAUCAAAUACUCAAGAAUUCUCAACACCAAAUACUCAAGAAUUUGUAUUAUCAAAUACUCAGAAACUUAUAUCUUCAAACAUUCAAGAACUUUUACCGUCAAAUAUCCAUGAACUUUCCUCAUCAAAUAAUCAUGAAAUUAUCGAACACAAUAGGAGUAUUCUUGCAAUUUCGGAAGUCAUUGAUAUUUCAAAAUUUUCAUUUGAAACUGGCGUCCAAUUGAAAGAUGUUCGAAGCAAAUAG